CACACACACACACACAUGCAUCAUGUUUAUAAUUAACGCCAUUAAAAAUAGCCAUUGACUCAACCACAUGCAGCUAACCGGGCAAAGAAGCUGUUGUGUAACCGGCAACCCAGAAGGAAAACGCCAGAAGAAUGUCAUGAUCUAAAACGGUCCCAAAGCAGGCGGAGAGAAGCUGGGCUCCCUGAAAAGUCUCUUUCAGAAUGUCCUGGUAUUCGCUACACACGGACGACUUAAGACGCCCCGGGCUGCAAAGAACAUCCAGUCGCUCCCUGAGCUGCCAGCAGAGCUAUCAAACUCCAGAACUGGGAGAGUUGCAACGCCUGUUAUGGACACCAGUUCCUUGCCGGGGAAAUGUCAGCGAAGUCUGGCCUAACCUUUAUAUUGGAGAUUUAGCGGAUUGCCGUGCCUCAGCUGAGUUGUGGCUUUCUUUUUUUGCAGGGAAAGUAUUGGUGCACUGUGCCAUGGGGAUAAGCCGCUCAGCAACCCUGGUGCUGGCUUUCUUGAUGAUCUACGAAAACAAGAACCUCGUGGAGGCUUUAAAGAUGGUGCGAGAACAUAGAGGGGUCUGCCCAAACACGGGUUUCCUCAGCCAACUUCGGGAGCUCGACCUCUGGUUAAUGAGCGAAAAAGGGAAAGCAAAGGGGGUCCCUUGAAACUUUAGAUAUAAAAUACUUGGAUGGUGGCAAGUCUAAGAGGAACAGUUGCAUUCCCCUCAGAAAUACCUAAAUACCUAAACAUCAUUGCUGUGACGUUUACAGGCAAUGUCAUGAAAACUCUCUUGUUGGCGAUCUCGUUCAAGAUUAAAGGUGUGCUGGAAAUUUG